AUGUGCAUUAGCAGGAGGGCUGCAAUGUAUGCCAUUCCUGUACGAAGAUAAACAUUAUUAUACCUCUCCCUUUCUCCUAGCUAAUUCAGUACAUUCCACACAAACAGUCCACCUUCAUACAGAUUUGUGAUAUACUCUUUUUUAGGCAAAUGGACAAUUUUUUUCUCAAGAAUGCCAUUGUGAAAUGUGCUAUUAUUUGCACAAAUCCUAUGAGUCAGCCAGCCCUUUCAUCUACAAUAUCUUAUGCAGCACAGAGAAAUAGGGCCACCCAUUAAAGUCUUACACAUACCUUUUCUCACUACACAUCUCUUUUAUAAAGUUGCAACAAUGUUAAAAUGUGAUCAACUUAUUAUUAUGUACAUACGCUAUCAAAGUAGGUCAGUAAAAUGUUUGUGGUUACUUGAGGAAACAAACUAUAUAAACAGGCCAAAUAAGGACCUUGGCAAUAUCCAACAGAAGUGUUAAACUUUGCAUACAUCAUCAGCACUCGAAGCAAAGAAAUUUUUUCUUUCGUUUCACCGAUGUAGAGGCGGUGUGUUG